UGAACAAAGAAAAAGGGAAAUUAAUAUUCUAAAGGCAAACAUGCUUUACAAGCCUACCAACAGACAAUUAGUGCGUUGCCUCUUCCUUAAGCAAAUAUCAUAAACUAUACACAUACACACUCCAUCUCAAUUCCCGCAUCUUUCAACGCCUUAACCACAAAUAUCAUUAAUCAAUGUCACAGAAGCCUGCCCGUAGAACAAUUCUGGUCAAUCGGAGAAUCAAACCUCCUCAUCCGUCUUCAUCCGCUCAUAAACUUCACCGAAAAGUUGUUGUUAGUCGAUCGUCAAACAAGAAAUCUAAAUUCAUCAAGCGAUGCAACUCCGAGCCUACCUUGUUGACAUCCCGAAUCUCUAUAGCUGACGUUGGUGCUGGUGUUGGAGAUGAUCAGCGGUAUAUAACUCCGCCAGGUGACAGUAGCCUGCUGUUUAUGAGUCGGAUUUCAACGAAUAUAUACUCGUCGUCUCCAGAGUUGCUGCCUAAUUCGCCUGAUCAAAUUGAGGGCUACAACAAAGAAGCAAAAGUUGCGAUCAAGGUAACAGUCGAGGGAAGCGUUGGACCAAUCCGAGCUUUGGUAAAGUUGGGCUCGAGUGUUGACGAGACAAUAAAGCUUGUUAUGAAAAAAUACAACGCGGAAAGGAGGUCCCCUCGACUUGUUCAAGAUGACAUGACUUCCUUUGAGUUACACCACUCAAACUUUAGUCUUCAAUGUUUGGAUAAAUCAAAUAUGAUUGGCGAGAUUGGGAGUAGAAGUUUCCAUAUGCGUAAAAGUGUCAACAACAAUGGAGAUAUGUGCUCUAACACCUCUAUUGUUGUAGCUGAGGCAGAUGAGACUCCAUAUACAUGUUCAAAUAUUUUUUUUACAAGUUUUAUACAUGAAGGAUUAAGAAAAAUGAUACAAAGAAUGAGUAAGAUUCAAAGGUUGUUGGGUUGUUUUGGUGGGUGAAUUUGAAGCCGUGCCUUAAAACAAUGAUAUGAAGACAAAUAUAUGUACAUACAUAGUAUAUAAACAUUGGACAAUUGGUAAUUUGGUAUACAUACAAUUGAUGUAUAAUGAAUUAUAUUUUGUUAACCAAUACAUACAUUUUCUAUUCAAA